GGGGUUUGACAGAAGAGUUGUGUUUUGUCAAUUGUGUUUGUAUUAAGAAGCUCUUUCCACUUUGUUACACGUUUAAUUUGUGUAGGUUUGUUUGCGUUAAGAAGACGUUAAUACAUUACUUUGUAUAAUUUUGUCUUAACUGUUAUAUGAUUAACAAAGUAUUUUGGUGGUGUAUAUGGUAUAUGCCUGAGUGAAAGAGAUUGUUUCCAUUUUAUUGGGAUGCUCUUAACAAUUACUAUUCUCACCUGGGUGGUAAUGUGCCAUGGAUUUCUCCAUAACAACAACGACGAAUAUCAAGUCUGGCUGACAACAGGAGACGGUUCCAAGAAACUCCAUCGAGAGGCGGCGAUUUCAACGUCAAACAGUGGUCAAGGUUACAGUGUCUGGGUUGACCGCAGAAAGCGCCGACAGUCUAUGGAAGGGUUCGGUGGAUCUCUGACCAAUGCGGCGGCAUCUGUCAUAUACCACAGUCCAAAUCGGGCUCAAAUCAUGCGCGACCUGUUUGGACUUGGAGUCAACGAUCUCGGAAUAAGCUUUCUACGCGUUGUCAUGGGCGGAUCCGAUUUUCAAGCCGUGAGUCCCUACACGUAUGACGACCUCUGGAACAAUCAUGGCUCUGACUUUAACAUGGACAAUUUCAGUAUCCAAAAGGACCGCGCCUUCUUCAUUCCAAUAAUUAAGCAGGCCCUCUCUAUAAAUCCUAAUUUGAAGAUACUUGCAACGCCUUGGACCGCCCCAGCGUGGAUGAAAACGUCACAUUCGAUGUUUGGCGGGGAUCUGAAUGGCGGGGACAACUAUCUGAGCGCAUAUGCCAAGUAUUUUGUCAAAUUCAUCCGCGCAUAUCGAUCUGCAGGAAUCCCGGUCCACUACCUUAGUCUACAGAAUGAGCCUCUGCUCUCCAGAAAUAGUUACCCUACAAUGACCGUAAACGUUGAGCUGAUGAAGCGACUCAUCCGUGACCACGUCGGACCUGCGUUCAGACAGAACAACAUUCAGACCAAACUGUUGAUAUUUGACCAUAACUGGGAUGCUCCUUGGUACCCUGAACAAAUUCUCUCUGACAGCAAUGCCAAGCAGUAUGUAUCCGGCGUGGCGUGGCAUGGGUAUGCCGGCAGACACGACACCCCAAAUUGGUUCCACGACAAGCACCCGGAUGUCGGUAUGUUUUUCACGGAGAUUUCCGGCGGUGAUUGGGACACAAACUUCGCCAGUACGCUCACGUGGGACACGCGAAUCAUUUUCAUUGGUCAGACUAAGGCUUGGGCCAAGAGCGUCGCCCUCUGGAACAUAGCACUAGACGAGCAUCACGGGCCUAGGGUGGGGGUAAACGGCUGCACUAAUUGUCGCGGCGUCAUCACAGUGCCGUCUGGCGGCGGCUAUACGAAGAACGUGGAGUACUAUGCCAUGGGACACAUGAGCAGGUUCGUCAAGCCGGGAGCCGUUCGACUUGAGACCAACAACUUUGGCUGGGAUGACUUGCAGGCGGUUGCAUUCGUAAACCCAGACGGCACGACUGUCAUUGUGGUACAGAACCCAAGCACGAGCAAGUCUGCUAGCUUCUCUCUCGACAUCGACGCCAAGCACUACCACUACAACAAUCUCCCUCCGCAGUCUGUAGUCACGUUCGUGAAAUAAUCUGAACAUCUAAGUCUUGUUAACCAACAUCGUACGAUAUAGCAUACAUCCUCGAAACAACAUGUAUAUUCCUUAUACACAGUUCAGAAAGUGGAUAAAAACUUAUUUUCAAACGCAUAACAGUUAAUACAAGUUUUAAGAUAUUUUGUUUUGUUAAUGAUCAUUCUUACGAGCAUAAAUGUUGCUAGUUAUUGCAACACUGUUCCAAUAACCGCCAAUAAACAAUCACAUGUUCAA